AUGGCAGAUGAGAUUGCCAAGGCUCAGGUGGCCCGACCUGGCGGCGACACCAUCUCCGGGAAGAUCAUCCGCAAAGACCAAAAUCAUUUUGAGGAUGCCCGGUGCCUUGCUUUUCAUGACGUUUCCCCGCAAGCACCAACACAUUUUUUGGUGAUACCUAAGAAGCACCUUUCCCAGCUUUCUGUUGCAGAAGAUGAUACUAAAAGUCUCCGUGGACAUUUAAUGACUGUUGGCAAGAAAUGUGCAGCUGACCUGGGCCUGAACCGGGCUUAUCGCAUGGUGGGGAAUGAAGGUUCGGAUGGGGGACAGUCUGCCUAUCACGUUCAUUUCACGUUCUCGGUGGUCGGCAGAUGAAUUGGCCUCCUGGUUAAGCAUGCGUUCAGGGAUACAUAUCCCUCCUCUAGGCAAUGAUCAGGUCAGCAAGUGCAAAUGUAUU